AUGGCGUUCGUAAAACUGCUCCUUUUUUCAAUUUUAUUACCCUUCAUUUUCGCUAAAUUUACAUUAGCAGACCCUUUAACGGCCAUUUUCGAAGACGAAAACGACACCGUAUCCCAAGAAAACGUUGCAGAUGCGUCCCUCUAUCACGAACUCCAGCAACUCAAGUCAAAGGUUUCUCUUUUAGAAACCAGCAUUGAGGGAAGCUUGCGGGAAUUGAGAAUCAAGGAUGAUAGUAUCAAGCAGUUGGAGAAAAUUGCUGAAGAAAAAUCAAGUAGCUUAGCUUCAUUGCAGAGUGAAGUACAAUUGCUUCAGGAAACAAGAUCUUUAGAUGAAAAGGUGCGGCCUGGAAAGGUUGAUGAGCAAGCUUCUAAGCUUGAGAAACAGAUUGUAAAUCUGAAAAAGGAAAUAGAAGGACAAAACAGGAAAACAGAUGAGUUGGAAAAACGAGCAAAUGUAGCAGAGGAAAAGAUUGAGGGGAUGAACUUGAAGCUUGAAAGUCUUCGGCGGAUAAGUGAUGAACAAAGAUCCAAGAUUCGUAAAACUGAACGUGCGCUCCAAGUGGCAGAGGAAGAAAUGUUGAAAGCUAAAUUGGAGGCAUCUUCAAUUUCCCAACAAUUCAAAGAGGUUCACCAAGCGAGGUUAUGGCCUUGGUUAUCUGCACAUUUUGAUUUCUGCAAGACCAUUAUUGUAGCUAAUUGGAAAGAGCAUGCAAAACCAGCCUUAGAUCUGACAAUUGAACAGGCACUACAGAAGCUAUCAGAAGUUGAAAAGUGGGCUCAGCCUCACUUUGAGACGUUUAAAAAAAAAUGGAUCCCGUCGAUCAAAAAACACUCUAUGGCAUUUGUGAGGGAUAUUUUCGACUUUUAUCAAGUGACCAAGGGAAAUUUAGAACCUCAUAUUUUGAAAAUCCAAGAUAUCAUUGAUCCCUACUUCCAGGGAGCUAAGAGGUUCAUAAAGCCACAUAUUGUUCAUGUUUUAAGGAUUGCUAAACCUCAUGUUGAUAAAGCUCGUGUCUUCUUGAAGCCCUACUCAAAAGAAGUGCUUCGUAAUUAUAAGAUAAUCGCUAAAAACGUUCGAAUAUUCCAUUCCCAGGUCCGAGCAACUUUGCAUGAAACAUUAAAUAGUUAUGAGUUCACAAAACCUCUUGCUACAGAAGAGCUGGUUUAUUUUAUGGCCUCCAUUUCAAUGGUGCUGCCUGUGGUUUUUGUUUUCAGAACACUUGCACGUAAAAAGCCAAAGAAGCGCACUCGCAAGACCCAUACAGGCCACACUCAUCGGAGGGUGAAACGGGUUCAUGCUGAUAAAUGA